GACACUCUUACUCGCCCCUUCCCCGUCCUCCUCCUCCUCCUCUUCUUCUUCCUCCGCCAUGGCGUCGUCUCCUUCCUCGCGAAUCCGCACCUUCGAGGACUUCGCGAGGGUCCACGCCAUCCUCCUCGCCGCCUCCGGCCUCCCUCCGUCGCUCCACCGCCGCCUCUUCCUCAAGCUCUCCUCCGACACCUUCGACGGCGGCGACUUCUUCGCCGUCGAGCCCUGCGACGGCGGGAGGCGGCGCCGCCUCGUCCUCUCCGCCGCCUCCCUCCCCGAGCACUCCGACGUCUUCCUCGUCGACCACGCCUGGUCCUUUCGCCUCCCCGAUGCCCUCAAACAGUUGCGGGAAGUGCCGGGAUUGGUCGAGCGCAUGGCGGCGUUGAUGUGCGUCGAUGUUGAUACGGAGCCCGAGAUCGAAGGGUCCGAAGCUGAAGAUGAAGCGGAGGCGGAGAACGGAACCCGUGAGAGCAUGUUGGAGAUAGUGCAAAGAGAAGUGAGCAGAGUGAAGGAGAGGGGGAGCAACUCUGCGGCAUGGUUGGAACUUGAGGAGCUCGGAAUCGACGAUGAGAUGCUGCUGUCUCUGGAUCUCUCUGCGAAACUUCCGAACCUUGUUGCCCUUAAUUUGUGGGGAAACAAGCUUCGGGACGCAGAUACAGUGGUGCAGGAAAUUACCAAAUGCGGAAGGUUAAGAGCUCUAUGGUUGAACGAUAACCCAGUUCUGCAAAGUGGUGAUCAUUUUGGUAAAGCAAUUCUUGAUGGUAUUCCGGGUUUGGAGAUAUUCAAUUCGUGUUUCACUCGCAACUAUGGCGAGUGGGCCUUAGGUUUUUGUGGGGGCAUCAUUGGAGCAGAUAAUCCUGAUUCCUUUGAAGAGGGUUCUCUUUCAUUCGAGAGCAUUACCACUCUUGACCUUUCAAAUAGAUCUAUCCACAACUUACAUAAGGUAUUUUCUCCUGCUAAAAUGCCUGCCCUUUCACAUCUGAAUCUACGAGGGAAUCCAUUAGACGAAAUACCUGUUGGUGAGCUUUUGAAGUUAUUAGGUGGAUUUAGCUGUCUGCAAGAGUUGGAGGUUGAUAUUCCUGGUCCUCUCGGAAACAGUGCAGUUAAAAUUCUCGAAUCUCUUCCAAAUAUUUCUUUGCUAAAUGGUGUUAGUGCAUCCAUUAUAGUUGAAAGUGGCAAGCAUAUAAUUGAUUCCGCACUUCAACCACGUCUUCCGGAAUGGACACCUGCAGAACCUCUUGUUGACAGGGUCAUUAGUGCAAUGUGGUUGUAUUUGAUGACAUAUAGGCUUGCAGAUGAGGAAAAGAUUGAUGAAACAUCUGUCUGGUAUGUUAUGGAUGAAUUGGGAUCAGCUUUGAGGCAUAGUGAUGAUGCAAACUUUAGGGUAGCUCCUUUCCUGUAUAUGCCGGAGGGGAAACUGGCUUCAGCUGUAAGUUUUUCAAUUUUAUGGCCAACUCGAGAUGUUCACUGUGGAGAAGAAUGUACUCGUGAUUACUUGUUUGGUAUUGGAGAGGAUAAACAACGUUCUGCCCGGCUUACAGCUUGGUUCCAUACACCGGAGAACUACUUUAUCCAGGAAUUCAGAAAAUACAAGCAACAACUGGAAUCAAAAAGCUUUUGUCCUCCUACUCCUACUAUAGAGGCCCCUGCAACCAAAAGUAUACUUCCAAGUGAUGGACGUGCUCUCCGGGUUUUUACCGAUAUACCCCAAGUAGAAGAAUUUUUAAGACGACCUGAGUUUGUUCUCACAACUGAUCCAAAGGAUGCAGACAUCAUCUGGACAAGUUUGCAAGUGGAUCAAGAAGUGAGGAAUGCUCUUGGACUAAACGACCAUCAAUAUGUAAAUCAAUUCCCUUUUGAAGCUUGCCUUGUAAUGAAGCACCAUUUGGCAGAGACCAUCCACAAGGCUCAAGGCUCUCCUGAAUGGCUCCAGCCUACUUAUAACCUAGAAACACAGUUGUCAUACCUUAUUGGGGAUUAUUUUGUGCGCAAACGUGAUGGACUUAAUAAUUUAUGGAUACUAAAACCAUGGAAUAUGGCACGAACAAUUGACACAACAGUUACAGGUGAUUUGACGGCUAUUAUCAGACUUAUGGAGACUGGUCCUAAGAUAUGCCAAAAGUAUAUCGAAUGCCCUGCAUUGUUUCGAGGGAAGAAGUUUGAUCUUCGCUACAUAGUCUUACUUCGCAGUUUGCAGCCUUUUGAGUUAUUUCUUUCUCAUGUGUUUUGGGUUAGGUUGGCAAACAAUCCAUACACCUUGGAAAAGAACAGCUUUUUUGAGUAUGAAACUCAUUUCACUGUGAUGAAUUAUAUUGGAAGGCUGAAUCAUAUGAACACACCAGAUUUCGUGAGGGAGUUCGAGGAGGAGCAUAAAGUGAAAUGGCGAGACAUCCAUCAACGAAUCCAGGAGAUGAUCCGACGUGUAUUUGAGUCAGCUGCAGCAGUCCAUCCCGAGAUGCAUAAUCCAUAUGCUAGGGCCAUGUAUGGGGUGGAUGUUAUGCUGGAUCAUCAGUUCAUGCCGAAAAUUUUGGAGGUAACAUAUUGUCCUGACUGCACUAGAGCGUGUAAAUAUGAUACAGAAGCUAUCUUAGGAAAUCAGGAUGUCAUUAAAGGCCGCGAUUUUAUUAAUAUGGUGUUUGGUUGUCUCUUUCUCGACGAGUUAAAACAUGUAACACCUCUGUAAACUAAGUUUGAUCUCUGUAAAAUGUAGUGUAUACUUUCAUAUGAGCAUUUGUUGUGAAGAGGCAUUUUUGUGUUGAAUUUUGUUGAGCACAUUCACUUUGUUCGAUCAUACCCAAGAAGUUAUUUUCGUAUGUAUCUUCGGAUUUGGUUCUUAAUGUUGUUGCAGAUGAUCCUCAGCUCACGCUUUUCCAAGUAGCA